GUUCCAUGCAGCAGUCAGCUGUGUGACUGGGAACAGAGAGAGAGAGAGAGAGACAGGCAAGCACACCAAGGUGGUGCUGACGCAUUACUGCACUUCCAACUGACUACAGAAAUCCAAUAAUCACAUCCUCUCCUAAUCCAUCUGCCUGAUCAACGUGUAUGUGUUUCUCUGCUAUUCUGUUUUUUUUUUUAAUUCCAAGUGGCACCAGACUGUCAAUAGCGGAUAACUUGAAUAUUGGGUUUUGGUCUGCAAUUCUGUAAAGGACCUCUUUACAAAAGCAUCCUGCUGGACUUUUCAGUCUCUUAGAAACAUGCUAUUUUACUGACAGUUCUAUCCAAGCACAAGUUCCUUUCUCUGAAAGGUGAGCAGAGAUUUAUUUCUGCAAGAGAACCAUGGUGUGUUUAAAGCAGCUCUCCCUCCCUCUUUGCUGAGGCUUGUACUGGGGGAUCAUGGAUACUUGUCUGUUUGCUUCUGAUUUUCAAACUAACUCUGCUGUAAAUGGAGGAAGAUAUUGAUACCCGCAAAAUAAACAACAGUUUCCUGCGUGAUCACAGCUAUGCAACCGAAGCUGACAUUAUCUCUACAGUAGAAUUCAACCACACUGGAGAAUUACUAGCGACAGGAGACAAGGGGGGUCGAGUUGUAAUAUUUCAGCGAGAGCAGGAGAGUAAGAACCAGCCUCAUCGUAGAGGUGAAUACAAUGUUUACAGUACCUUUCAAAGCCACGAGCCUGAGUUUGAUUAUCUGAAGAGUUUAGAGAUUGAAGAAAAGAUUAACAAAAUCAGAUGGCUUCCACAGCAAAAUGCUGCAUACUUUCUACUCUCUACUAAUGAUAAAACUGUCAAGUUAUGGAAAAUCAGUGAGAGAGAUAAAAGGCCAGAAGGUUACAACCUCAAAGAUGAAGAUGGUAGACUUAGAGAUCUUUCUACAAUCUCAACGCUACGGGUACCUGUUUUAAAACCCAUGGACCUUAUGGUAGAAGCAACCCCAAGAAGAGUGUUUGCCAAUGCCCACACGUAUCAUAUCAACUCAAUCUCUGUGAACAGUGAUUAUGAAACUUACAUGUCAGCGGACGAUCUUAGGAUAAAUCUAUGGCAUCUGGAAAUAACCAAUCGAAGCUUCAACAUUGUAGAUAUAAAGCCUGCAAAUAUGGAGGAGUUAACAGAGGUAAUCACAGCUGCGGAGUUCCACCCUUACCAGUGCCAUACGUUUGUGUACAGCAGCAGUAAAGGGACAAUCCGGUUGUGUGACAUGAGAGCAUCGGCGCUGUGUGACAAGCAUUACAAAUUUUUUGAAGAACCAGAGGAUCCGAGUAAUAGAUCAUUUUUCUCUGAAAUCAUCUCAUCAAUAUCAGAUGUCAAAUUCAGUCACAGUGGAAGGUAUAUAAUGACAAGGGAUUACCUCACAGUCAAGGUUUGGGAUGUAAACAUGGAGAACAGGCCUAUUGAAACUUAUCAGGUACAUGAUUACCUCCGCAGUAAGCUGUGCUCGCUGUAUGAAAAUGAUUGCAUAUUUGAUAAAUUUGAAUGUGUCUGGAAUGGAACUGACAGUGUUAUAAUGACAGGUUCCUACAACAAUUUUUUCAGAAUGUUUGAUCGUAACACAAAACGGGAUGUUACAUUGGAAGCAUCAAAAGAAAACAGCAAGCCGAGAGCUAUUCUAAAGCCUCGAAAAGUGUGCAUGGGUGGAAAAAGAAGGAAAGAUGAAAUCAGUGUGGACAGUUUGGACUUUAGUAAAAAGAUUCUGCAUACAGCAUGGCAUCCUUCGGAAAACAUUAUAGCAGUUGCAGCAACAAAUAAUCUAUAUAUAUUCCAAGAUAAGGUUAACUAGGACAACUUACUUUUUAAUUUGACUCCCAGAAUAUAUUUCAGUUUUAUAAUUCAUUCAGGAUUUAUUAAACAUUCUUUCAAGUGGCAAUUAGAAAAAGG